AUGUAUCAAACCAAACUUAAUAUGCAAAGUCCACCAAAUAAAUUCAAUGAAGUAGCAGUAACAAAUAUUUAUUUAAGAAGUAUUAAUUUAGCACAAUAUAUUGCUGAACUAGACCAUUAUAAUAUGGAUAAAAUACCUAAACUUGUCGGACGACAUACGAAAACAAUUGAUACAAUGGAACAAUUAUUUCCAACAUGCUAUGGACCGGAAAGGGUUAAUAAACCUGAUUAUCGUUUCAUAAGUUGUUUUAAUCAUGAUCCAACAUCUACAUCAUAA